CCUAUCUAUUUAUCCCAAUUUGUUUAUUCUCUUGCGCCUUCUCUUCCCCCUCUCCCAUUUCCCUCCGUAUCGGAGCAUGAAGAUUUCUCUGCUCUUCACCCUUUUCUGGAUCGCCAUCUCUCCCACCCUGGUGGCCUCUGAUGCCUCCGAUCACCGCUACAGCGAAGGCGACUCUGUUCCUCUUUACGCCAACAAGGUCGGCCCAUUUCACAAUCCCAGUGAAACCUACCGGUACUUUGAUCUGCCCUUCUGCUCACCAGGUGAUGUAAAAGAGAAAAAGGAAGCUCUUGGUGAGGUGUUGAACGGAGACCGUCUUGUUAGUGCUCCCUACAAGCUUGAUUAUAAAAGAGAGAAAGAUAUAGAAGUUGCUUGUAAAAGCAAGUUAACAAAGGACCAAGUUGCUCAAUUUCGAGCUGCAGUGAAGAAAGAUUAUUACUUUCAGAUGUAUUAUGAUGACUUGCCCAUCUGGGGUUUCAUUGGAAAGGUUGAUAGGGAAGGCAGGGAUGAUCCAAGUGAAUAUAAAUAUUUCCUAUUCAAGCACAUCCAAUUUGAUAUUUCCUACAAUAGAGACCGUGUGAUCGAAAUUAGCGCUCGAAUGGAUCCUCAUUCUGUAGUGGAUCUGACCGAGGACAAGGACGUUGAUGUAGAGUUCAUGUAUACUGUGAAGUGGAGGGAAACAGAUACUCCCUUCGAGAAGAGGAUGGAUAAGUACUCGCAAUCCUCUUCGUUACCACAUCACUUGGAAAUUCACUGGUUUUCGAUUAUUAAUUCAUGUGUAACAGUUCUUCUUUUGACCGGUUUUCUUGCCACUAUUUUGAUGCGUGUCUUGAAGAAUGACUUUAUGAAGUAUGCACAAGACGAGGAGGCAGCUGAUGAUCAAGAAGAAACUGGUUGGAAAUACAUCCACGGCGACAUCUUUCGAUUCCCAAAACACAAAUCGUUAUUUGCUGCAGCCCUUGGCUCUGGCACGCAGUUGUUUACCCUCACAGUUUUUAUCUUUAUGUUGGCACUAGUUGGAGUGUUUUAUCCAUACAACCGAGGAGCUUUGUUCACGGCCCUGGUGGUCAUAUACGCUCUCACAUCGGGGAUUGCAGGAUAUACAUCAGCCUCAUUCUAUUGCCAACUUGAAGGAUCAAACUGGGUGAGGAAUCUAUUGCUUACGGGCUGCCUCUUCUGUGGACCUCUGUUCUUCACAUUCUGCUUUCUUAACACUGUGGCUAUUGUUUACAAGGCUACCGCUGCACUUCCCUUUGGCACAAUUGUGGUGAUAGUCCUCAUAUGGACAUUGGUAACAUCACCAUUGCUUGUUUUGGGUGGUAUAGCAGGAAAAAAUAGCAGGAUCGAAUUUCAGGCUCCAUGUCGCACCACGAAGUAUCCUCGAGAGAUUCCACAGCUACCUUGGUAUAGGAGCACUGUUCCUCAGAUGGCAAUGGCAGGGUUUCUCCCCUUCAGUGCUAUAUACAUUGAGCUUUACUACAUAUUUGCUAGUGUCUGGGGUCACAAGAUAUACACAAUUUACAGUAUUCUGUUUAUUGUCUUCAUCAUCCUUCUGAUAGUUACUGCUUUCAUUACUGUGGCUUUGACCUACUUUCAACUGACCGCUGAAGAUCAUGAAUGGUGGUGGAGAUCUUUCCUUUGUGGUGGCUCAACUGGUCUGUUCAUCUAUGGUUACUGCCUGUACUAUUAUUAUGCGCGCUCAGACAUGUCAGGUUUCAUGCAAACUUCAUUCUUUUUCGGGUACAUGGCUUGCAUCUGCUAUGGAUUCUUUCUGAUGCUCGGAACGGUAGGCUUCCGUGCAGCCCUGUUCUUUGUUCGUCACAUCUACCGGUCGAUCAAAUGCGAGUAGCAGACAGACAGAUUUGGUCUCCUUUUCUUUCAUUUUUUUUGCUGGGGAGGGAGGAAGAGAACACGUUGGUUCACUUUCAUCCCUGUGUUUCUUAGUUAAAGUCUCUCUUCUUAUGUUGGGUAGGAGUUAGGUACAGGUUACUGAAUGUUACCUCCAUUCCAUUCCAUUCCAUUCCAUUCCAUUCUGGGUUCUUUUUCAGAUUCCAAAACUUCGACAGAUUUUGGUUGCUACUGAAUCCUAAUCAAUCUUUGUUCUGUUUUUUUUUUCCAUUUUCUGGACGGAAGGAUAUCAGUUCUGCUGAUAUCCAUAUUAUUUAUUCAUGUAGAGAAGCACCAUAUGUGCUGAAUAUACAAACCUAUUUGUUAUUCUUUAUUGUAAUAAAACAAGUGCCACAGCCCCACGGGCCCCAUGGUUGCA